CCGGCGCAGUGCGCUGGUCUCCAUGGCGGUGCCGCGGAGCCAAGACGAGUUGGGGAAGAAGAUUUCAUUUAUGGAUGGACAUGAUACCUAACAUGCUGGUCCUUAAAUAACUAUGCCUUGACAUGGAACUAUUGUGUGUGCUAUCUUUUAAUGGAAGAAAAUGGAACUGGCCAUCAUGCCAGGAUGGAACAGUCUCAUGACUUAUUAGUAGUCACCUGUAAUAACACUGAAGAGUCAGAAAGAGAUGCUCAGGUCUUUCAGCAUCUAACCUGCAUGGAUUCCAGGGAUCCUUCCUUUGGACAAAAUGAUUCUUCUGCAGUUUUGCCCAUCACAGUUGGUGUAGCAGAUAAUUCGCCCCCAUCACGUCAUGUACCAGUCCAGCUGUCACAGCCACAGUCUCUUUCCACAGAGCAGUUGCAUCUAGUAGACCAAAAUGGGCAUCCUAUUCAGUAUGAGCUUCAGUCAGUAGGGGAUUAUAAUACACAGAUGAUGAUUGUUACUAGUCCGUCAGAAGAUGGACAGGUGCUUCAUGUAAUUCCAUCCACUCAGACAGGAAUGGCCCAAGUUAUUAUUCCUCAGGGGCAGCUCCUAGAUGUGACCAGUCCUCAAGAUAUUUCAGAAGAGAAUACCACUGAUGGACACUUACAGACUGUAGCAGUGGCUGCUAUAGCAGACAAUACCAGUAGUUAUAUUCUUCAUCCACAAGCAUCCCUCUCUUUGCCUAAAAAGACAGCAACUAGAAUAGCUGAAGACCCUUUUCCUGUCCCUCUGCAACCACUUCUUCCACAUACUCCUACCUGGGCUAAUCGUCUACGGAAUUGUCAGAAAAUUGGAGAUUCAUACCGUGGUUAUUGUGUGAGUGAGACAGAAUUAGAAAGUGUCCUAACGCUUCACAAGCAGCAGACAAAGACUACAUGGGGGACACGGCAAUCUCCAAGCCCAGCAAAACCCGCUACACGCUUGAUGUGGAAGUCCCAGUAUGUGCCAUAUGAUGGAAUUCCUUUUGUCAAUGCAGGGAGCAGAGCCAUAGUGAUGGAAUGUCAGUUUGGGCCAAGGAGGAAAGGUUUCCCGGCCAAAAAAACUGGUGAGCAGGAAAGCACCUCCUCCUGUCAGCUCUACAAAGCCACUUGUCCAGCACGGAUUUACAUUAAAAAGGUACAGAAAUUUCCUGAGUAUCGAGUUUCUACUGACCCCAAAAUUGAUAAGAAAAUCAUCAGAAUGGAGCAGGAGAAAGCCUUUAACAUGCUGAAGAAAAAUUUGAUAGAUGCUGGAGGGGUUAUCAGGUGGUAUGUACAGUUGCCCACCCGAAAGGCUCAUCAGUAUCAUGAACUGCUGAAACCUUGCCUCAUUCCUUCUCCUUCCCCUCUCCUUGUAUCUUCACUUGAAAAUGAGGAAGAUACAGUUCGGGAUGAGAACUGUACUUUAUCCUCACGUCUGCAUCCACAAGUAGCAGAUAAGAUCAGAGAACUGGUAUCUCAGGGAAUAGAACAAGUGUAUGCAGUGAGGAAACAACUAAGAAAAUUUGUAGAGAGGGAAUUGUUCAAGCCUGAUGAGAUACCUGAAAGACAUAAUUUAUCCUUUUUCCCAACUGUGAAUGACAUAAAAAAUCACAUUCAUGAGGUACAGAAGUCCUUGAAAAAUGGGGAGAUGGUGUGUAAUUCAGAAACUCCUCCAGCUACGUUCCAAUGGACCACGGACAGUGGGAACAUUCUCACAGAGACUGUGACAGUUACUUUUGCAUCACCAUCCUCUGAGGGAAGCUCAUCAGGAGAAUCGGUUAUCACUAAGGUGGAAGCAAAUCAGACAGGGGAGUCUUUGUCUCCAGAGACAGCCCACUUGCUCUCUUCACUCUCUUCACUUCAGCCCAAAAUAUUUGCACAGUUGCAGGGUUUACAAUUACAACCAGCAUUCACCUCUACAGAUGGAACAACUGCUUUGAUUUCAGUAAAUAGCCACUCUCAUUCUACUUCUGCAAACCUUCUGGAUUCCGUAGGAAGUGCUGUAAUGAACCAUUCUCUCGUGCUCACUCAAGGACAUAACCUUCAAACAGGAGCCUGCCUGUCACAGAAUCAUCCUGCUUCCUCUACACUUGGUAACAUUUCAGGGCCAGAUCAGAACCUUGUUACAAUGGGCCAACUGGUAGCAGUUGGAGGUGUUGAGGAUACUGGAAGCCUGGAAGGAAGCGUUCAUCAGAUUUUUUUGGGAGAUGUACAAACCAUUCCAAUCAGGAUUGUGAAUAACCACCCAAAUCUUAUUGAAGAAAAUCUACAAAGUACUAUUUCUGUGAGUCAAGUUAAAGAAGAACCCAGUGAAACAACAUUAUCUGAGCAAGCAAAUAGUAUCUUGGACAGAAAUACCUCAUCCAUGGUUUAAGUUUCUCAAGACUUUUUAAGACUUAAAAUAUUGAAGAAUACAGCUGUCUUGGAAAUGAAAGUAGAUAGUACCAAAAUGGUGUCAUUCUUCACAGUGGCAUUAUAAAGAGUUUAUUUUAGAUUAGUUCUCAUGGAUACCGUCAUAUAAAACUGAUAAUGAUUUGUGCCAUUUCAAAGUCAUUAUGUUACCUUACAGAGUUCUUCUUUUCAGUUUUAAGUAGAUCUGUUAUUUCUAAAUUGUCUGAUUUAACCCAUAUUUCAGAAAGUAGGCUAAAAUGAAUGAUUUGCAAAGAUUUGGUGCCAAUGUAAAUAUUUCUCCUACUCCUCUCAUCGAAAGUCUAAUCUGAUUCUGGUGCUUCAUAGCAGACAAAAACAUGUUCUUACAUACGUCAGUCAUAAAACAGGCUUUUUCCCACCUUUUUUCCUUUUUUAUUUUUUAAAAGAAACAAGAUGCCAGGGCUUAAAUUGCUAAAGGAGAAAAAUGGCUUUUAUAAAUAUAAGGAAGAAAAUUACAUUCCAAGGCUAAAAAAAAAUAUGGGUGAUAAAUGAAAUUUAUUGCAAACAUGAAAUAUAAUGGGCCUCAUUUGUUAAAAAUCAUUUUUAACAUAAAUUAUUUUCUCUUGGGUUGCAAUCUGUUUCACCUGGAAAGAAACACAGUGGUUUCUUCAUUAUGACUACUAACCACCAGUCACUUCUGCUGAAAUUUGGCUGUAUUUCAGCUACUUCCCUUUAACUUUUUGCACUUCCAGUUACAAAGAGCUUGUUAAUUAAGAGUUUUCAGAGGGAUACUUGGAAUAUUCUAAGUAUAGAGAAUCUUAUAUCCUUAAGUAACUUGAAUUACACAGAAAAGCAAUAGAAGUACAUGUAGCAUAUAUAAAUACUGUCCUUAUAGCUUAAACACUACCAUCAAUGGAAUUAGAGAACUAUUAAGAACACAAAAAGGUCCCCAGAGUUUACAGGCAAUUUACAAAGCUUUUAAAAAUGAUCUCAGAGGAUUUUUUUAUAUUACAUUCAAAGUCCAGACUAUGUUGAAAAAAAUGGGCAUAUAUUUACAUUUCUUUUCCAUGCCAAACAAAAUUCUUCAUAGAUAGACUGGCAUUUAGAACUAAGGUAUUUCCAUUAAAAUAUUUAUGCAUAAAAUUUAUUGUUAUUUAUAGUAGUAAAAUGUAUUGAUCUUUUGCAUUUGUUCAUUAAAUUAUUAAUAUUUGCUUCAAAUGCUAAGUAUCAUAGUAGCAUUUUCAAUAUAAGCCCCUGUUUUUUUAGUAUAUUGCUAAGCCAGAAAAGUCAAGUAUAGUUGUCAGGAAUUCAGCUUAAUUACAUUUUUUUAUUUUAAAAAUUAUAAAGAAGGAUUUAUCAGUGUUAGAUUUUAAAGAUCCAGAAUUUUCACAAAGACAAUGCAAAAUGAUGUUUGAUGUUAAUAUUUUGACUACUCUGAAUCACUUUUUUUUCUUUUUUCUUUUUUUUUGCGGGGCAGUGAGGGCUAAGUGACUUGCCCAGGGUCACACGGCUAGUAAGUGUCAAGUGUUUGAGGUCGGAUUUGAACUCAGGUCCUCCUGAAUCCAGGUCCAGCACUUUAUCCACUGCGCCACCUAGCUGCCCCCACUUUUUGUUUUUCUAAAGUGAUUAAGCAAAGUCAUGAAGGAUUCUCAUCCUUAAUCCAUUUCAGUUAUUUUAGCAUCUGUCUAUAUUUGGAGAGUUCUUUCAUUCCAGGUGGAUGAAGAAAAGCCUGUAUCUUAAUUAUUAAUGUUUUUAUUUUUUAUAUUUAAUUUCAUACUCUUGGUAUUAUUUAAUGUAAAAUUUAAUUUUUAGUUAAAUCUAAAACUUUUUUAGUAACAAAUAUUUUCUUUCCUGAGGAAUGAAAAUAUUUAAUGGAGGCAUUCACAAUGGCUCCAACUCUGGCAGAUCUAAUUAUGUUAAGUCUUUGUUAUACUUGAUAAAUUUUUUUGUUAAGUCUACUGAUAAUUUGCCUUAAACUUAAAUUUCUCCUAAAGUUUGUAGUAUCUUGCCUAAAACCAAUGAGUAAAUUUGUUGAGUUGUCCAUAUUAAUUUCAAAUUUAGGGAUAUGAAGACCAAAAAAAAAAUACUUUUACUUUCCAUUGCUGCCUCUCAAACUAGUAUUUUGUUACUCUUUUCCUUAAGAUUUCAAAUUAGUAAAUCUCAGUCUUACUUUUAUUAAUGAUAGAAAUUAGUGAUUUCACAUUUUCAGUGUUUCUUUUGGUGCUUUUCCUUUCCAUUUAGUUAUUGAAUUGCUUAGUGAAAUGCUAAUUAAUUAAGAAGCAUAUCUUGUUCUGUUACUUUAUGCUAAAGCGAUGUCAGAGAACAUAAACCUUAACUCUUUUUUUUUUUUUUUUGGCAAGGCAAUGGGGGUUAAGUGACUUGCCCAGGAUCACACAGCUAGUAAGUGUCAAGUGUCUGAGACCAGAUUUGAACUCAGGUACUCCUGAAUUCAGGGCCAGUGUUUUAUCCACUGCGCCACCUAGCUGCCCCCAACCUUAACUCUUAAUCAGAAGAGAUUUUUAUAUAAAGAUUCCUCUUAUCUCAUUUUGCUGAAUCUCUGCUUUUUAUUAUUAGAACAGAAAGGAAUAGUAUAUCCUGAAAACAAAUACAAAAGGAUGCUUAAAUACUUGAUUUUACAUUCUUUUAGUUUUAUAGGUAGACACUGGAAGUAACAAUAUUUUCAUCUGGGUCUUUCAUUGAGUAGUUCUUCCAAAAGUGACUGCCAUCCAAGUUCUAGAAACUUAAUAUUCUUUGUCCUCCAAGUGCAUGCUCAGGUUAUAUCAGUGUUGUCUUUAAAGGUGCCUAGGCUUUUGUUAUUUUUUUUUAAGUGUUUACAUAUUUUGUCUUAGAUUUGUUUCAAGGCAUGUAUUGAAUUUGUCAUAAGGAUAUAACAUUUUUUAUAACCACACAGUUGGCAUUCUCCUAAUUGCAAUAUAGCAAAGUUUUACAUGUUCUCUUAUGUGUGAUAUAUGAUAAGGUAGACCCAGGUAGUGAGGUUGUGCAUUUAAAAUGAGCAGGUGAGGAUUUAGAAUUGAUAUUUGGGCAAAUUUCUGAACUAUUGACUAAUUAUCGUUAUACUAUUUAUAUUCCAAGUCACCAAAUUUUUUUCAAGCCUCACUGUAAGUCAGUCGUGGUUUAACAACUACAAUUUUCUUCAAUGUCAGUUUCCCAUAAAGACAGUAUCUUUAAAACAAAAGGCUUAUGCAUGUAAAAAUUGUUGACUAAAAUGCAGGAAAGCAAUAGAAAACAUGGGUCCCUUAUUCUGGUCUUGACUAGCAUUUUUAGUAUUAAACCAAACAUCCAAGUUUUCUCUUUAUAUGCUGUAGAGACAUGCUUAAUCAUGUGGAUAUGAAAAAUGUUGUUUAACUUGUAUAAAGUUUAAAAAGAGAUAAAGUGUAUAUUUACUGUAACUUAAUGUAUAGUGUUCUUGUUACAGUGUAAUUUUUUUUAAACUCAAACCAAAAAAAGCCUUUUUUUAAAAACUUGUUAUAAAAAUUUUUAUAUUUCCCUUGG